AUCAAUGCCUUGACUUCCUUUUCUUUGCUCCGCUCAGAUGCAGCCAGUUUCGCAUUCGCAGCAGGAGCGCUGUCAGCUAGCGGCGUCAGCAUGAGCUCCGGGGAUAUUGUGUGCACGGGGUGGCUCAUCAAGUCACCUCCCGAGAAGAAGCUCAAGAGAUACGCAUGGCGCAAACGCUGGUUCGUGCUGCGUCAGGGUAGAAUGAGUGGAAAUCCAGAUGUCCUGGAAUAUUUUCGAAGCAAGACGUCAAAGAAGCCCAUCAGGGUGAUUAAUCUGAAUGAAUGCCAAGUGCAGAUGCACCAAGAGGCCAGUGUCAUCAGAAGAGAAUUCCAAGACCACCAUAUCUUUGUGGUAAAGACAGCCGCCCGCACAUUCUAUCUGGUAGCCAAGACUGAGGCCGAGAUGAACACCUGGGUUCACCACAUCAGCCAAAUAUGUCACUUUGGACCUCUGGAUAGUGAAACAGAUUCUGUGGAGAGCCUUUCUCCAACCAUAUCAUCGCUGCAGCGCAGCCCAUCAGGGUCCAGUCACACCUCCAGAAUGACUGAUGCCACCUCAAAUUCUGUCCAGGACUUUCCCACUGACACAAGCAGUAGAGAAGGCAGCCACAGUGAGUCAGACUCCUCACUUCCCUCUGACUACCUCUUCUUGUCCCAAUGUAAGACUGGGCCAUCCAGUUUCAGUAACAGAUGUAACAGUUGGUCUCACUCGUCCCGCCUCCCAGAUACGUUAGUUGAUGACGUCUUUUCCUCCCCCGGUUGCUCCAGUCAGCCAACCACACCUUCUGUCCUCUCAGAGAGUUUUUCACUGCUUGAAUCUGUCACUUCUCCAGCCAUGGGGACCAAAAAUCCCUGGCCAGAGGUCUUUAUGUUUGAUAAAAACUGCUCUGGACUGUUGCGGGAAAAUUGCCAAGAUGGAGAAACGCCUCCUCCUCGGCCACCCAAACCUGUCUAUAUGAUGUCAAAGGAUGGGGACAUGGCAGACCCUGUACAACCCAUCAGAGCAUGCAGAAAAUGGAGUAUAGAUGCUGCCUUGAGAGAGGACAUUGAGAUGAACCACAGGAGGAAUCCGGAGAAGAGAUUCAGUCUAAGUCUGCCACACAGAGUAACACCAUUCAGCUGCGGACCUACAAGCUAUUGUGACGAUGCAUAUGUGCCAAUGAAAUCUCCCCUGGUAACAUCUCACGACCUCUCUCCAGACGGCUACAUUCCUAUGAGUCCUUGUGUUGUCGCCAUGCCACUGUCAAAUGGAACUGCUGAGUUGACGCCCGUACCAAGUCCACUUCCAAAACUUCCACCAGAUAUGGAGCCUCCCCCUGUCAACCGAAGCUUGAAACCACGGAAUAAGACAAGACCUCCAUCUCUUGAUCUGAGAAGUCUGACUACAAUCAGAGAGCACCCAGCUCGCCCCAUUCUCACCAGGACCAUGACAGAACCAUGCAACCCAACAGGGAGAUCAUUUUGGGAAGAACAUCACCAUCACUUCAAUGAGGGUCCAGGCAGCUCCAGCGGGGGAGGCGAAGAAGAUGGCUAUAUUCGAAUGUCACAGGCAGAAAGACAUCCACUAAGACAACAAAAUGGACACAUUCUCGAUGAAUGGCCUGGAAAAGUCAGCCUGGACUACCUAGAUUUGGACUUUAACUUGGUCUCUCCUUCUCCUGCCCAGCAGAAGCUGUUCUUGCUGGAUGAGGAGAAAGUGGAUUAUGUCCUGGUAGACGAAAAGAAAACACAGGCUCUUCAGAAUACAAAACAGGAGUGGACAGAUGUUAGGCAAUCAAAGGCGUGACUGGCAAGAAGAGAAGAUGGAAUGGAACUGGUGCCAGGAUGGGGUUCACCUUCUAUCUCCUUUAUAUUUCUGACUGAGCUUGCUACUGCCACCUGACAGGCAUAUGAAAACUGGAUUGUCCACUCACCUAUGCUCAGGGAUGAGGACUACUGAUGGGCAAAUACAAGACAAGCAGAUGACAGAUUUUUGUCCAAAGCUACCACUUGACUGAAUCAUGGCAGCUCUGCUGUACCCAAUGUUGCUAUAGCCUGAGGCACAAACUGACUCUUCCUGUAUCGGUACCACUGUCUUCAUGAUAACUAACACUAGGGUUCGAAGGCGCCUCAAGGAGCAUUUUAAUUGGCAUUUUCACAGUGGACACUGUGGGUGUGACAUCCUGUGAUCAACUUCUUGACUAUUGCAACCAGGCUGCCACACAAACUUUUGUUUAUGACAGCAGUGGUUUUGGGAGAUACAGAUUUGAUCCUGAAUAUAUGAGCAUUAUUAAGGGGUAAGAGUAGGUUCUGAAAGCUAAAUGUGGAGGACUAGAUGUAAAAAUGUUUCUCUCUUUUCUGUGGCUAGAUGGGUGAGGUACAACACAAGCUCUACCCACUGACAUUUCAUGGAUUUUCCCCUCCACUGUUCAAGUAACAAUUCAUUUUUAAUCUGCUGCCCUUUCAGGUGAACAGCAUCCCUAAUUUGGUUACAGAGGUACGUAUGUAUAACUUACAAUGUAACAUAUAUUAAUCUGUCAAUUGCUUUUCAUGGGGCGCUCCAUUAUAAAGUGUAUGUUAUCAAAUUAAGAUACAGAGGUUAAUUAAUUUAUUUUUAUUGAUGUGGUGCACACAGUCACACACAAUGAGGUUAUGGUACGGUAUAAGUAUAAAGUAUUAACUCUAUAUAUGCUAGAUGUCUUGGGGGUUAGCACUAGCAUUACAUGCUCAAAACCUACAUACGGUGUUUAUUAAAAGUAUUCUGCCCCUUGAAAUUUUUCACAUUUUAUUGCUAUGCAACAAUUCAUUUGGUUUGUUUGACAUUUAUUAAUAGAAAAUGACUCUUUAAAGUCAAAGCUGAACGAUUUACAAAUAAAAACAAAAUAAUUUAUCUCAUAA